AAAUUUCAGCUUAAUUAAGUCGCGGUGCUUCUACGUUUCAUGUAGAGAAGAACAUACAUUUAAAACUUUGUUCCACUUUGCAAGAAUGAGUGAGAAAAAAGGAAAGAAACGACCAAAAUCAUACUACAUAAAAUGUGCCAACAAAAAGCCCAAGAGAGAUGUGUGGAAACUAGAGGCGGGCAUGAAGGGUUUUCUCAUCACCUGUAAUAACAACGAGAAAGCUGCUGUCAGAGAGUCCUACAAUAUUCUUAAUGAAUAUGCUGACAAACUAUAUGGUCCAGAAAAGGAGACAUCAGACAUGAGGAAUGAAGAAGACUCGGAGGAAGAAGAGGAUGAAGAAGACAUAGAGAAGGCCAUGAUGAAGGAGGUUAACGAAAUCAAAGAGAAAAAGCUUACACAGAGGAGAUUUCAAAAUACCAACACAAAAGCAAAGAACUGCAUCUUCAUCAGGACUACAUUGUCUGACCCUAGUCAGCUGGCUCACUCCAUAUUGUCCGAUCUGUCAGAAACAAAGGUACAGAAAUCCAGGUACGCAAUCCGCCUUCUUCCCAUAUCCGGAAGCUGCAGAGCAGAAGAAGCUGAUGUUAAAAAACUUGGGAAGGAGUUGUUUACUCCAAUCUUUGAGACUCCGUAUGGAGAGGGAUAUUCCUUUAGUAUAACUGUGAAGGUCAGGAACAAUAACAGGCUUGGGCGGGAUUCACUUAUUCCUGCCUUAGCGGGAAUCAUUAAGGAACUUAAUCCACUGCACCGAGUCAGCCAUGACAACCCAGAUUUUGUCAUUCUGGUUGAAGUCAUUCAAUCUGUGUGUUGUGUAGGCAUUGUUAAAGACUUCUUCAAAUUUAGGAAGUAUAACUUGCAAGAAAUAGUGAAGAAAAGUGUUGAAAGCAAAGAGAAAUCGGAAGAAUUAAAUAAGGAUGAAAGUGAAGAUGGUGAAGAUGAUAAAGGUGACAGUAAUGAGACUACAGAGCAAAAUAAAAAUCAUGUUUGUGAAGAAGAUACAAAAGAAGAAGAAACUGUUGACAGUGGGAUAAAGAAGACUGAAGCAGAGGGUCCAUCAGAAGAAGAGUGUGUAACUGAGGAAUCCUCAAAUACAAACUGUAAAAGUUCUGAGAUCAUUAAUGAAGUGGAUAAAACGAGUUCACAGGCGAAAUCUAAAGACAAUUCUGAUAAUGUUGGAGCAGUUCAUGAAUCUGACUAAAAUGCAUCUGCUAGUGAAUUAAGUAAAUGUUGAAUUGUUGAUACAUACACUACAGUUUAAUAUUAAUCUGGAUAAAUAAAUUAAAAUUGAAUGAAUAUGA